AUGCAACUCUCUUUUCCAUUAGCAACAGCCUUGGCCAUCUUGCAAGUAGCAUCCGCUAAGAUUGUAUACGUCACACAAAUUCACACCACCACCGUCGUUGGUGAUGGUUACGUGCAGAGCCUGACAUCUGCACCUGCUGAAACUCCAACAACUGUUGAGCCAACCAGCACCGUCGCUGCAAGCACUACAUCUGUAGCAGCUGCUGCUUCCUCUUCUUCUUCUUCUGAGUCAGGAAUCUACGCUGAUAUCGCUGAAUCCCCAGAUCUUGAUGCUACAUUCGCUAAGGAUAUCUUAGAUGCUCACAACACUGACAGAUCCAAGCAUCAAGCUCCUAAUUUAUCAUGGGAUAAGACCGUCUACGAAUACGCUCAGGCUUAUGCUGACAAGUACGACUGUUCUGGAAGUUUGACUCACUCUGGUGGUCAAUAUGGUGAAAACUUGGCCUGUGGUUACUCCGAUGGACCAGCUGCUGUAGCUGCUUGGUACUCUGAAGGUGAUAACUGGGAUUACUCUAAUGCCAACAGUUACAAUCAUUUCACCCAAGUUAUUUGGAAAUCCACCACCAAGCUUGGUUGUGCCAUUAAGGAUUGUUCCGCUAACAACUGGGGUCACUAUGUCAUUUGUUCCUACGAUACUGCCGGUAACAUCAUUGGUGAACUUGCUGCAAAUGUUUUAUCAGGUUAA